AUGGAUAUGGACUCAGGAAGUUGUGGUCAUAUGUCUGCAAAUGAGGUUAACAAAGAUGUGGACGAUUGGCACGAAUGGCACUUAAGAGGAAUAUCCUCACAGGACUCAUUGGACAGAUUUGGUGAUGACUUAUGCGAACUCCUAUUGUCUUAUCUGUGGCUGAGAGACAGUUUCAGAUAUGAAUGUCUGUCCAAACAUAUGUCCGAAUGUCUCGUACUAAGUCACAAAUAA